AUGAAGGGCGUUCCGUUCGAUUAUGCAAAAUAUGCAGCGUGCAUGUUUCUUGUUUACGUUUCAACGCUGCUUGUCUACCGCUACUUUAUUCAUACUUUAUCUCACAUACCUGGCCCUUUCCUCGCAAAAUUCACAUAUCUGUAUGAGUGGUAUUUUGAUCUGUAUCUUGAUGGUCAAUUUACAUUCCAGCUGGAAGAGCUCCAUCGCAAAUUCGGCCCCGUUGUCCGGAUCAACCCUGACGAAGCUCACAUCUAUGAUCCGGACUUACUUGAGUCUGUUUUCAAUCAAACCAACGGCCGAGUCGACAAGCCGCCUCAAGUAGCCGGGGCCUUUGGACCAUACCCUGCGACCAUUGGAACUGCGUCUCAUGAGCUUCAUCGCCUACGCCGGAGCGCCUUAAGCCCAUUCUUUUCGAAAAAGUCCAUCAAUGAUCUCGCUCCGGUGAUGUGGAAGCCCAUCCACAUUCUAUGUGAGCGACUCAGCCUGGCAUGCAAGGAAAACCAGCCUGUGAAUAUGAAAUACAUUUUUGCCGCGGUUACUCUCGACAUAAUAAACGCCUAUUGCUUUGGCCACGAGCCUGUCAAUGUCUGCAAAUUAGACUUUGCUCGAAAGGAUUUUGACGACGUUGAUUCGUUCUUGAAAGUCAGCUUAAUAAAUAUCCAUAUCCCAUGGGCAAUGCGUUUUACUUAUUCUCUGCCGGACGGAUUGAACAGUAUUCUCGCGCCUGCCAUGACAAACAUUCUGGAGUUUAGACGUGGGCUGUCGCGCCAGGUAGAGGAAAUUCGGAAUAGGAAAGAAAUGAUCCAGAAAGUUGAGACUAAACGGACUAUAUUCCACGAAUUGUUGGGCAGCAAGCUUCCAGUGGCGGAGCUCACACCUGAUCGUCUCCGUGAUGAAGCAUUCAGUCUAGUGACAGCCGGUUCAGGGACUACGGCAUACGUUCUACGUGGUACUGCUUACCAUGUCUGUGCGAAUCCAGAAAUACGCAAAAGACUGUAUGAGGAGUUGAAAGUCGCCAUGCCAGAAGUAAUCUCAGAAACGAUUCCGUCGCUCUCAAAGUUGGAGCAACUUCCUUAUCUAGCUGCUAUAGUCCAGGAGGGACUUUGUCUUUGCUAUGUGAUCCCUGCGGGAUCGACGGUCAGCCUGACGGCUACGCUAACGCAUCAGAACGAAGACAUCUUCCCUGAGCCCUAUACUUUUCGCCCCGAGCGCUGGCUGGAGAGGAAUCAACGAUUGGAUCGGUAUCUUGUGCCAUUCAAUAGAGGCACACGAUCCUGCCUGGGUACCAAUCUGGCACGAGCAGAGAUGUUCCUGAUCUUGGCUGCGGUGUUCCGUCGAUUUGAUUUCGAUGUGUCGCAAGUUUCCCGUGAGCGUGAUAUCGAUGUCAGACACGACUAUAUACUUGGAGCACAGGCAAGAGACUCUCCUGGAUUGAUUGUCUUGCCGCGAAAUAUGGAGACAUGA